CGUGGGCGGUCCGGACGAACAGUGCCAAUUAAACAUGUAGAGAUUUCAAACCGAAGCUCAUUCCAUCACGAUGUUGCGGGCUUCACUCUUGGUGACUCUGGCAUUUUCUUUCAGCGCAUCAGCCUCAGUGUUCGUGCGCAAGGAUGACGCGCACGGCGUGCUGCAGCGCUCCAGGCGCGGUAACUCGGGCUACCUGGAGGAGUUCAAACAGGGGAACCUGGAGCGCGAGUGCGUGGAGGAGAUCUGCGAUUACGAGGAGGCCCGGGAGGUGUUUGAGGACGACGCGAAAACUAGGCAAUUCUGGAUUACAUACAAUCGUCGUGACCCAUGCCUGACGAAUCCCUGCCAGAACAAUGGCACCUGCAUUUACAUGGAGAACUCCUACCAGUGCCUGUGCCCUGAAGGCUUUGAGGGGAAGUACUGCCAAGAAGCGUUCGAGGACUCUCUGAAGUGUCUGUACCUGAACGGUGGGUGUGAGCAGUUCUGCGAUGGCAGCGGGCCCCGCCGCAGGUGUGCGUGUGCGGAGGGCUACGCCCUCGGAGACAACGCCAAGGACUGCAUCGCCCAAGUGCAGUAUCCGUGUGGUAAGAUCCCUGUGCUGAACCAAACGGUCCAAACAGAUGUCCGAAUUGUGGGUGGAAACGAAUGUCCAAUUGGUCACUGUCCCUGGCAGGUUCUCUUGGAGCACAAUGGGGAGAAUCUAUGCGGAGGGGUCAUAGUUCGCCCAGACUGGGUCAUCACCGCCGCCCACUGUGUGCACAAGAGAGACAGCACUGGCAUGAUAGUGGUUGCAGGGGACUCUGACCUGAGAGGGCAGGGCGGGACCGGGCAGCGGGUCCCUGUUGCCGAGGCGAUGGCUCACGAGCGGUAUGACGCGGUGUCGGGCGACAGCGACCUGGCUCUGCUGCGUCUGCGGAGGCCGCUGGUUUUCUCGCGGCUGGUGGCGCCCGUGUGCCUGCCCGAGCUCCAGUUCUCCCGGCGCGAGCUCUCGGCCGUGCGCUUCUCCACGCUCAGCGGCUGGGGCGGGGCCACGGCGGGGGGGAACGCCCCGCCCCCCGGCCACGCCCGCCCGCUCUCGCCCGUCCUGCGGAGGCUGGAGGUUCCGCUGAUCCCCGCGGCGGAGUGCGGGCCCAGCAGCGGGGUGAACCUCACGCAGAGCAUGUUCUGCGCCGGGUACAUCCACGGGCCGCAGCCCUCCUGCCACGGGGACGAUGGGAGCCCGCUGGUCACCACCUACCGCCACACCGCCUUCCUCACGGGCGUGGUGGGCUGGGGCCGCGGCUGCCAGGCGCCCGGCUACUACGCCAUCUUCACCCGGGUCCACCACUUCCUGCCCUGGCUGCAGGACACCAUGAGCGCCCCCCCCAAACCACAGGCUCCCAACACCCAAACCCCCGCCACUCAACCCCGCCCCGCAGGCCCGCCCAGAGAUCCCACCCAGAGACCCCACCACUGAACCCCAGCCCAAGCCAGAGGUGGCGCCAGUGCUAGAGCAGAAACACGUGUGACUGUGUGCCAUACACACACACUAUCUGUACACACACACACACACACACACACUAUCUGUACACACACACACACACACAGACACACACUAUCUGUACACACACUAUAUCUGCACACACACACUUUUAAAAACACACACAAACAUACAUACACACAAACACACACACAACAAAAACUGUUAUAUUUGAAGAGCAUCUGUUUUUUAUAAUACGAACAUGUGUAAUAAAACUUUAUUUGGGCCACCAGUGA